AUUUAAAUUAUAUUUAUUUCUGCAGGUUGCACAGGUAAAAGCCAGAAUUUGGAAGAGCAAUGUUCCUUCUGUCGGCAUGCAGUAUCCCAGGCGAGGCGCAGUUUUGAAUAGUUUAAUCCUACUAAAUAUUACCAGGUCAGGGUCAGGAUGUGGUUAAUGCAAAGGAUAAGGCCCCUACCAACACUUUGGCAUCUAAUUUAUCCUGUAUCCAGAACAAAACGGCUUCUACACAAGAAACAUUCCAAAGGUCAAGUACGACACUGAUAUCCAAAAGCUUUUAAUGGAAAAGAUUCUAAAUUUGAAAAUGUUAUUUUUGAAAAAUAAGAAAUAGUUUGAUUGAAAAUGUGACUGCGCAGUCCUCAAUAUAAAGCAACUGACCACUGUGCAUUGCCCCAAUCUGGGUAGAUUGUGAGAUAGACACGGAGUAAAGUACCAUCUACACUCACCCCUCAUACAUUUCAGAUUGGGUACAGUAUAGAUUAAAUUUGGAGUAAAGCAUCCUCUAUACCCACCCAACAAACAUUCCUACAGCGAGCUUUAUUCGAUAUUGAAACCACAGUGAAGCCAGAGAGGAAAUGCUUAGGGUAGUACACGGACAGCUUCAUUUCCGGACUGAUUCAGCAUAGGUUGAACAUAAAGCGAAACUUACUCUACUGUACUCUACCACAGAUGCUGCCAGACCUGCUAAGCUUUUCCAGCAACUUUGUUUUUGUUCCUUACUCUACCGUACUUUGCCCCAUUAAACAUUGCCAGCCUGGGCAUGGUGUGGGUUAGAUACAGAGUGCCCCGUCAAAUACUCCCAAUGCAGAGUGUUGGUAAUAAUUAAAAAAAACAGUCACUGGUAAAAGUAAUACUGGAACAAAAUAAUUCUUGACGCCAUUGCCACAGAUACCAAUAAUACUGGUUUGGGCAUGGUGGAGGAUUUGCUAGGGUAAGCUGAUUUUUCUUUCAAGGGCAAGUUGUAAAAAGAAGGAAGUCUUUCUGCCUUUGAAGCAAUGGGCAGAACUAUAGAGAUGUUCCCUAGAAGGCUGGAAGUGAUUUCCGGUAUAUACGUGUUGACUACGCCCCUCCAAUCGAAGCCAGGCAGUUGAAAUAUCGGAGUCUUUUGAAUUCAUACAGCAAAGGUCAGAGGUGGUUUUCGUCUUCAAAUCCUGCGUAUCGUUGUGAUCCGCCGAGACAUUGAUACUGAAGUAUGUCCUUCCUUGAUUUUUUUACUGAUGAAGAACUCAGGCAGAAGCUUUGCACCUAUAAAACGGACAUUUCCAUUGCAAUCGAUGAACUAUUCCCAUUCCUCCAUGGCCUUCGAGACAAGCUGUUAAUUACCAAUGAAAAAUUCCAAGAGAUUGUAAAAGUACGAAAAGAGAUCAAUAUGGCUGUGUACUCAUUGCUAGAGUGCCUGGAAGAGAGCGAUCCUCCAACCAUUCGCAAGUUUUGGAGUAACUUGUUUCAGGAAUAUAACAUGCAGAAGUAUCCGAAGCUCUAUCACUUGCAGUGCAGCUUGUUUGAAGAACUGAAAGAAGACAGAGCAAAGCAUAGUUGUGGAACCAAACCUAUUGGAGAGGCCGAGUUCUGUAUCAUGGGAAAGAGAGAGCAUCCUGAUGAAGAACGUGCACCUUAUUCAGCCAAAGGAAGAACUGAAAAGUGCAGCAAAGAUCAAAGCCCAGAAUGCAGCAAAGAUCCAUACCGGAAAGAGAAAAGCAUCAAGUCAAAUGUUAGGAGAGUGAAAAAGUCUCGUUCUCCCCCAAACCAAAGGAACUUUGACUCCAAUGAACUGCCUGUCUACUGUGGUGGCAUUACUGGAAUAUUGGACAAGAAAAAGCUAGCAUUUGGAAGUACCACACCAUGUAUAAAGUACAUGAAUAAAUGGUGUACACCACAUCAGUUUGAGGUGAACGGUGGCAAAGGCAGAAGCAAGAAUUGGAAACUCAGUAUUCGUUGCAAAGGCUAUCCACUGUCCAAGCUGUUAGAGCACAAUUACCUAGUGUGUCCAAGUAGCAAGAGGAAGUUUAAAACAGUCCAUGCUAAGUUGCAGAAGCACAAAGUUGAAACUGACAGUGACACCAGCAUUGAAUCUACAUCAUCCGAAAGUGAAUCCAGAUCCGAAGUAGAGAGCUACAUUGGGUUGAUGAAGAAAUCUACCAUCUGCCAUGAAGCUGGAUCAUCAGGUGCAGAGCCUAAGAACACCAAAGAAGAUGAUUUCUCCUCAAACAAGCUCCCAGUUACAUGUGGUUCUAUGAAAGCAAUCUUGUACAAAAACAGGUUUACAACAGGAGUGAAUGGAAAAUGCAUUCGAACAGAGACUAAAUGGUUGACUCCAGCAGAGUUUGAAAGUAUGAGUGGUAUCAGCGAACAUCUUCGAUAUUGGAAGAGAAGCAUCCGCUGUAAAUCAGAGACUCUGGGCCAACUGAUCCAGAAAGGCUACUUGAAACUCCACAAGCUUGACUGUAUUUGUGAUAAGUGCACAUCUCCCGAUUUUGAAUCUCAGGAGAAUGACGAUGAAUGUUCAGUGUGUAAUGAUGGAGGGGAGAUGAUCUGCUGCGAUGAAUGUCCCAGAGCUUUUCACUACCUCUGCCACGUCCCCUCACUCAGUCCAGACUUAAGCUCCAGUGAGAAUUUCAUCUGCACAUUCUGCAAAAUGGACAGACUAUCAUCAAAUAAAACCAGGGCGAUGGUCUCCAGCAGUGAAUUUGAUGUAUAUCAAUCAAACAUGACUCCAGAAUACAUUCUGAAAUGUGAAUAUAUUUUACUCAGAUUGUGUUGUGAACCAGAUGCCCUGGAGUUUGAAAAAAACCCCUGUGAUAUUGUUCCAAAUUACGGUGAUAUAAUUGAAAGCCCGAUGUGGUUCUGCAGGGUGAAGGAGAAGCUGGCCACGAACAAAUAUCACCUCGUGGGUGGUUUUAUCGAUGACAUCAGGCUAAUCUUCCACAAUUGUGCCAGAUUCAACCAGGGAAAUGAACUUGAAGCCAUUGGAAGAAAAUUUAGUGAUGAAUUUGAAGAGGUCAUGGUGCAGAUAUUUGAUAUCAGUAAUAAUUAUCUUAAUAUCCCAUAAGUGGAUAAAUGGGAUCAAAUGAAGAACUACAAUGUGUUAAUGUACCAGAAUCUUAACUGCACUUUUUGAACUCCACGUUUCAAUAUAGAUAUACAUAUAUUUUCUGUAUCUUUUUUAAUAAAAUAGAAAACUGAUGAUUGAAUUCAA